AUGGCAGCUUUUCACACGUCACAGUCAGAGGAGGGGACAGAAGGGGUCACAGGAAACCCAUCGCUGGUAGACGAGGAGGCGCAGAAAGCCCAGGGGGCCUCUGGGAUUGGCUGCCGGGAGCCCCCUCGCGCGGGUGCGAAGGAGGCGUCGUGGUGUCUCUGGCUGACGGGGUGCCUUCUGGGUUCCAGGCUCCCCUUUUCUAAGAGGGAGGUGCCGGUGGCCAGCGGCUCCGGGUUCAUCGUGUCCGAGGACGGGCUGAUCGUGACCAACGCCCACGUGGUGACCAACAAGCACCGGGUCAGGGUGGAGCUGAAGGACGGCGCCACCUACGAGGCCAAGAUCAAGGACGUGGACGAGAAGGCGGACAUCGCGCUCAUCAAGGUCGACCACAGCGAAGCUGGGCGGAGCCGUCAGAUCUGGGCCACGGGGAGCGUGUGGGGGACACUGAGUGCCGGGGGCGGGGUGCGCGUGUGUGUGUGCGUGUGCGUGUGUGCGUGUGCGUGUGUGCUCAUGGAGGCUUCUCCGUUCUCCCUGCAGAACACGGUCACCACCGGCAUCGUCAGCACCACGCAGCGCGGCGGCAAGGAGCUGGGGCUGCGCAACUCGGACAUGGACUACAUCCAGACGGACGCCAUCAUCAACUAUGGGAACUCGGGCGGCCCCCUGGUGAACCUGGAUGGCGAAGUGAUUGGCAUCAACACCCUGAAAGUGACGGCCGGCAUCGCCUUUGCGAUCCCAUCGGACAAGAUUAAAAAGUUCCUAACGGAGUCCCAUGACCGACAGGCCAAAGGCAAAGCCGUCACCAAGAAGAAGUACAUCGGCAUCCGCAUGCUCUCGCUCACGUCCAGCAAGGCCAAGGAGCUGAGGGACCACCACCGAGACUUCCCGGACGUGCUCUCGGGGGCGUACAUCAUCGAAGUCAUUCCCGACACGCCAGCGGAAGCCGACGGCCUCAGUGUCCUGCCUGCCAAGGACCACAGAGAGCGAGGGCGGGGAGCCCUGCGAAUGCAAACCUGCAUCACGGGGGAGGAGCCCCGAUGGGCCCGGGCUCUGGGUGGUGAUGACGUGUCGGGGGCGUCGUGUGACGAGUGCGCGCUGCUGGGUGCUGAUGGGAGGCUGCGUGGAGGGCCUGGGGUGCCUGGGAAUUCUGCUUUCCGCUCAGAUUUGCUGUGA